GGAAGAAGCAUCCGAAUGUUUGACAAAUACCAGUCUCGGGCCAAAUCAGUUUGAUCUCUCGUGGUUUUUUUCUGGAUGCCCGAUGCAAGCCAGAUAAUGGCUCCAGAAGAGUCGCGAAACAACCCGCACAAUCCAGUCUGACAACAAUUGUUUCCACUCCGUAUAACAGCGCAGCUCGCUCGACUCACACAUAGAACAGUCACAGCAAUCAAACUCCAUUCACGACUGAUAACGCAGCCAACCCGCCAACCUUCCCUCCCUCCCCGCAUUUAGCAAAGAAAAGAAAAGGGGGGGAGAGCGGACAGAGGAAAAGAAUGGCGGCCGAUCCGACCUCACCCCCCCAAAACCAUCUGGCCGAACUCCCACUGCUCGGCACUACCGCCCUGCCCGCCCCGGCAACAGGCAGCCAUCUCGCGUGUAACCCGGUCAUUGCCCUAGCCGUCACGGUUGGCGAGGCCGGUGCGGCCUUGCAUGUCUGGCGCGCUGGCGAUCAGGGGCUGGUGUCCAAGCAUUUGGAAAGGGGUGGGCGGAAGGUGGAGGCAAUCGCUUGGAGGGAGGACGGGCAAGUCCUCGCUGCGGGAUGGAGUGAUGGGGUGGUGAGGUUGAUGGGGUUGGAGGGUGCUAAGGCGGUACACCAGAUCAGGGUCUCUGACGAAUGUCGUGGCAGUGGUGAUGGCGCUGCCGACGGCGGAAGGAUUGUCUUUAUUGCUUGGAGGAGGAAUGUCACGGCGGAGGGUCGACGACGCAGAGGAAAGGGUGAUGGGCAAGUAGGGACAGACGAGAGGAGGAUUUUGCUAGAUGGGGAGAGGACAGGUGAUGUGGCAGUUGAUUUGCCGCGUGAGCUGAUCUUCUUGGAGGCUGAGACGGCGCUACCAAAGUUGAGCCCGUUGCCUGCCGGGGGCGCAGCGGACGAUAUGUUUCUCUUCUCGUCAACAGCAUCUUUGGAAACUCUCUUCCGUCCAUGCCAGGCCGAGGAUGCGGACAAUGUCCACGUCAUGGUUGUGGGAACGGCUGAUGGCGAAAUACAUCUCAGCCUGAACGACUCGUUCGUGGUCGGGACGCUAAAGACGCCGCCCCAUGGAGAGGUAACACUUGAGCUGUGUGGGCAUAGCUCACGAGCCGAGAGUUCCACGCAUAUGCUGCUGCUUCAACCACGGGCUGGAGACGGUACGAGGCUCUAUCUGGUACCGAUGCGUCUCGGGUUCCUUGACCAUUCACCGGUCAACCUUUCGCUUCUGGCGUCUAAAGUAACGUCGCUUCAGAACUUGCUGCGGUAUUUGAAGGCGACACUGUCGCACAUGGCCAACGAGUGGCAGUCAACCCAGGAGUUACCCAGACGCUUCAUGGCCGGAGUUGAGGAUGACCUCAAGAGGCUACCAAGCGGCAGCAUGACGGUGGUUCAGGCACUCUACCAUACGGCAGCGACGGGUCACGUUUUCGAGCCCGUGAAAGAGUGGCUCCUGGACACGCUUGGGGAUCGAGGACAUAAGCGCUGGGAGAAGGCGGUAGUAGCCGGCCUGACAGGUCUCCGUGACCUAGUCCAUGGCAACUUCAUCCCAGCCUUAGAGAGAUGCGGUGUCAUUCUUAGCCGGCUGCUCGGCAUCGCCCGUUUCUACGGUCCAGAGGAGGCCAUCGGGUUCGAUGAAGAUCAAGUGCGCAAGCUUACGGACAUCGUCUCAUGUCUGAUGAUGACAGCCCACAGGGUGCUGACCAUCGUCAUGGACGAGCUGGAGCACUUCGGCGCGUUCUCGACCUGGUUGCGGCUUGAAAUCGACAAGCAAGGGUCGUCAUCACACGCCGAGGAGCUCUCCGAAAAAGAAGCGACAAUGGACCACCCGAGAGUACUGUCGUACAUCCGGUAUUACUUGGCCAGUAGCCCGUUGGCACUACACCUUGACGAGGUGGCCAAGGAGGACUACAUCAGGGAUCGGGAGAUGGUUACGCCCGGCCUCUCUUUGACGGACUUGCUUGACAAGCAGCUGCAGGAGCAUGACGCAGGCAGGCCCUAUAUGAAGGUCCUGCCGCGGAUCGGCUUCCAGUUGAACUACCUGACUGCUAAAGCGAAUGCUGUUUUUGAAGGUAUCGCCAAUUCAGAGAAGCAGGGGGUUGAGUUCGGUCGAGCGACCGAAGUAUCGGUAGGGAGAAAGAUUUGGAAGCACCAUCUCUGGAUGGGACGCACCGGCAACAGGAAUCAUUCAACCGGGGUGUUCACCGCCGUGGUACUAGAAGAUGAUAAGUCGAGGAUUUACAUUGUUCGUUCCGAUGUCCCACUUAGCGGCGGUGUCGGCGAAGCAACCGCAACAAGGGCAUGUGGGCUCGGAUUGCCGGACGGCGUAACCGUUGUCGACUUCAAGUUUCUGGACGACAAGUCCUUGUUGGUCUUGUGCAGCCAAAAAGGCAAGGAAAGGAUCUACAAGUCAGGAAAGCAUGUUGAAGCUAACGAGCAGACAGAGGAACCAAAGUCGGUUCUCCUACGGAUUGCGUACCAAUCAGCCCGUAUGCCCUAUCAAGAGCAUGUCGAAGGGCAGACGCCUCCUAUGUUGGAACUUGGUGGGACACGGAAAGACAUGGUCACGUCGUCUUACGCCUUCUCCAACGCGUCUGGCUUCACGCCUAUCCAGAUGGAGGUCCAGAGGGCGAGCAAGCUGAGGGGCGAGAUCCCGGCUAGAGUCUGUCUUAUGGGACGAGAUAGAGCCGUGUUAAGGACGUAUGCGCUCCCGAGCACCUUAGACGAGGAGGAGAACCAGCAAUGAAGGGAUUGUUGGCGGUCCUGAGAACGCGAGGAGGGCUGCCAAGACUUUCAAGGGGAAAAGAGAGUAAAAGAGCAAGGCGAAAGGGAACAAGGAGGAAAGAAAGGACGAAAGAAAGAAAGGAAGGAAGGAAGGAAGAAGGAAAAAAGAAGAAAGAAAGGGAAAGCAGCGCUGCACGGCAAUGUCCGGGGGUUUGGGCAAUGGGUUGUUUGGUCUGUUGGUCGCUGAGGAGCCCGACCUUGUGUAGGCGAAAUGGUUUCUUACAGGAUACUCUCAGAGGACUUUGGCCGAAGCUGCGCCUGUUGCUCGACUACGGUUCUGACCAUCCGGUGGUUGUCGGUUGGGGGCAUAC